UAAUAACUCGACAGAGAAUAAAUUUACAUGUUUGAUAUGGACCAUUAUUCACUUUAAACACUGAUGUAAUUCAAUAAAUUAUUACCACAGACUUAUAUUUUACCAAUGGAUAUCACAAAAACUUCUCCACAACGAAAAUAUCGACAAAUUAUUCAGCCACAUGAACACAACUUUUCUGUUCCAUCGUUUGGACAUGAUUUUCGUAUUGCUAACAAAACGAAUGAGAAAAAUACAACUCAAAAACAGUCGCUGACCGAUAAGAAUUUCGAUUUUAAGCAAACAAUGAAAAUGGCCAUAGCAACAGUCAACCAACCAAAACCUCUGAAUUCUGUUGUUACCAACGUAGGUCCAUCAGUGGAUCAGGCAACUGAUUUUACGUACACUUCAAGACCUCAACUUAGAGAUACGAACAAGGAACUACAGCCAACCACUGGUCUAAGACGGCAGAAUUUCAAUGAAAGACAGGAAAGAAUGAGUGAUAAUCCAAAAUCUGCUACACCGUCAACAAAGCCAUCAACUUACAGACCAGGUUCAGUGUACUUACCAAAAUCAAGAAAUGAUUUCGUUUUCACUGAACAAAAUACGAAUUCCGAACAAAUUAGACCAUCACAACUACCAGAGUCAAAACAGUGCAAUAAUAAUACAAGAUAUACAGUUAAUAAAGAAGGUCAAACAGUUCGUUCCUCGUUGCAAAGAGCUUCAUCCUUAUCCAGAAAUCCAUAUAAAUCAGUGCCUUCAUUUAGUCCACUGUUGGCACACUCUGAACUUCGUGGUACUUUUGAAAAUCCAACUGGUAAUUUAGCGGUUAAAACAGAUUUACAAUAUUCAAAUCAAAUGACAAGUCAAAUGGAUUAUCCUCAAUGGUAUGAUCAUCAUCUCUACUACCACCAGCAACAACAACAACAACAACAACAACAACGUCUACAGCAGCCAACAAUAAUCCAACCUAUUCAACCAGUUCAACAACUACAUUAUAGUGGGUGCGUUUUUCCACAGAACACAGAGGCUUCGUCGCAAGUUCAUUCAUCAUUUCCAAGUAAUCAAACGAGUUACUUUAAUUCAUCCCUAUAUAAUCCCACUAAUAAUAUAGGCGAAUGCAUGUUUUCUGUCUCUCCACCAGAAGCGAACAUUGCUAAUACAAGUAACCCAUUGUGCGUUAUUCCACAAACUUAUAUCGUUACUCCUAACACUGCUUCAUUUUCACACCUAAAAACCUCAGCAGAUGCUAGUGAAGCUUCUACUCAGCCAGUUCAUCAAACUCAGUUAAUACCUGGUACCACAGUUCUUCAGCCACAGGUUGCCAUAGUUGCAGUGGAUCCAGAAACUUUAAGAGCUAUCCUUUCCGGUUCAUUCAGCACACAAGCUCUUUUUCAGUCAAUAAACAUGAGCUCAAACAGUAAAACUAAUAUAAAUAUGACAUCUUCCAUGAAUUUACCAACACAAAACACUGAUCCAGUUCCUUUGCCAGUCACGAGAACGUAUUCUCAACGUUCAGAGAUUCCGACCACUUUAGGUCCUGAAUCAGAUAGUUUCCAUGAGACGAACAAAGGAGAUAAAAGUAUAGAUACUUUGUGUUUUGUGGAGGACACAAAAAGCCGAAGUACACCACCAUCCUACACUAAAACAGAAAAUAAGCCGACUGAAGAUCAAGAGCUGAUUGAGCACUCAAGUGAUGUACAGCUCGAACAGAACUCUUCAAGCGACAAACCACAGAAACCAGUACCUAGACUAGGAAAUCCUCCGAGAACACUUAAAUUUUUAGACAAGUCAGAGUCAUGUGAACCUGGUGGUCAAACCGAAGAUAGUCAUCAUUGUGGGUGGACUAGUGGGCGGGAGCCUAGAAAACUUAAACCAUCCAGUUUUAUCUUCCGAUCUCGAAAAGCAUCAACAGACGAACCGUCCAACCGACAGAAAAAUGAGAGAAAUGAAGAUGUAGCACAACCGAAAAUUGACGACACUGGUAGGCUUUGUCAACGUCAACAAAUAUCUUCAAUAAGCGCUUAUUAUGAAAAGCUGAAACGUCAGAACUCCAGACCUCUCAGUGCAUACAAAUCAACAGCUACACCACAGCUUCAACCAUCUGCAGAUCUCUCUUUACUCAAAUCGUCUGAGUGCCCAUCUGGUCUCGAAAGCACUCCUGUAAAUUGUCGAUUAGCUCAUCAGUUGACAAGGGGAUAUACUGUUGCAUCAAGUAAACCAGAUUAUACUGGUUCAUCAAUUGGUUCUUUUAAAGAAAGAACACAAAUAAAAGAAAGUGAUCCAUCCAUAAUGAGUGUGGCUGAACGUGCAAAACAGUGGCUACUAGCACAGACAAGUGGUUGUCGGGAAACACAGCGUUAUUCCACCUCUGGUUUCAUUGAUCAAGAUUUAGUUGACUGUCAAGAUUUGGUACCAGUUGAAGACAGAGUAAAAAUGUUUGAUACUGGUGCGUCUUCAAGUCAGCAGACUGAAAAAAGUCCAAAAGUGAAAUCAGAACUUCAAGAACUUCGUGAAAAAAAGCAAGUGAAGUUCUUUGAAACUAAUCCACAUAAACCAGAUUCCUCUUCUAAAUCUGCAAACCCGAUAAAUAAAUCAAUUACUUCUGUAACUCUUCAGACGUCAAGAUUCAAUAAUACAAAUCCAAGAAGACCUCAUUCUAGUGUAAACCUACUCAGAGUUAAACAAGAACCUGUACAAACGGGGAUGGUCCAACCAGAAGUUAAAGCUCCUCAUGCUGCACACUUUACUAACUCAGGUUUAAAAAUUGCUCCUGUAAAAGGAGUACAACAAUCAAAUGGAGAUGAACUAACUAGAUUAAGUCUAAACGAGAAACGUAGUUUAUUCAGUCAACGAUUACAACAAGGACAGCAUAGUUUAACGAAUAAACCACUGAGUGCUUCAACUGAACCAAAACGUGCAAUACGACGGAAAACUCAACCAAUUACAUUGGAUGAUUUAGCCAAAGCAAAUCAAAUUAUUUUAGAAAGAUAUUAUGGCAAACAUCUUGAAUCACCCUUCGGCAGUGUAAAAGGAGAUGAACAAGAUUCAUUUGGCUUCCAUGAGUAUGAUUCACAAAUAUCAACUCCGGAAGCUAGUUUAUUAAAUAGACAUAAUAAACCGAAUCCGUCAUCUGUAAUUUGUUUGCAUCGAUCGAAAUAUUUCUACACUAAUUUCAGUAUGACAACAGAUGAGUCAGAAUAUGACUAUAAUAAUAGCUAUAGUAAUUCAUCCGCUGAUCGAAAUCACAAUAAUAUCGAUCAGUACGAAAGACGAAGAAGUUAUACGGAAGCAAUGGUCAAGUCAAACAAUGAGAUCCCUGGAAAACCAAAACAGGAUGAACAUUAUACUAGAUUGAAAAAAUCAUCUAAAUCAUUCUGUUCAUACCCUAGUAAUGAUGAAUAUGAACUCUAUACAUCGGACAAGAACUUUCAAAACAAUUCUAAAAAUGAAUAUUUAAAGAAAGUCUAUCGAAGUAGUAGUUGUAAUAAUAACAAUACCGAUGAUAAUUCUGGACCAUUUACAAUGGAAAUGAACAAAGAAAUAUCAGAAAACAAAUCUUCUAAAAUAAAUCAUCAUGUAAACUUAUUGAAUAGAAACUCGGAAGAGCGAAAUCAGCAACAAAUCAUAACUACUAAUAAUAAUGGUUAUAAAAACAGGCCCGUAAAUUCAUUGGAAGAAAAUGGUUCACCAGAGGGUAGUCAAGUAAAAAUUCAAAAUAAAUCACUUUCCGGGAAACUACCUAGGACAAUCCACUAUUCCUUUAAUUCACACAUCAGUAAUAAACAAGAAGAAAGUAAUACACUCAAUAAUAAAUACAGUAAUAAAGACACUAUUCAAACAGAAAACAACGACCAAGACCCACAGAUGUCCAUUAGAGAAAGAAUUGCUUGUAUUCGACAGAGUAGUUUAAAUUGGAGAGGACGUGUUGAAAAAGAAGAACCAAAUACGGACAGAUCAUGUGAUAUUAACAAAAUUCGAUCGUCAUUAGUUCAGAAUCAAGAAUCUUGGAAACAACGUGUUCAAUGCAAACCUGACAAUGAUUAUGCAGUAUCUGAACGAAAUAGACGAAAAAAUAGUCGUACUAGUCCAGAAUCUUUUCCACCGAACUGUCUUGAUUCUCAAUACUUAACACCAAUCACACCCAAAUGUUUACCAGCUGAACCGAUAAUACGCGAUAACAGCAAAGAGAAUCGUUCAGAACCAUUAACCAGAACCACUUCUACCUAUAAGCCUACAACCACAACGAAGUCCAGCCCACUUGUUAAGCAGACAACUCACGUUUCAAAAAAUGUACUCGUACCUACUAUAGAAGAUAAAGCAUUAACAGAUUUCUUCACAAGUAACCUGGUGCCAGAGCCAAACAGUCCUACUGAAUCAGUUAAACUUCCAACUUUGUCCUCCCAAACAAAUAAAGAUUUGAAUACCAUGUAUGAAAGGAUAGCUGAUGCUAGACGUGCUGCCAGACCAGAAAAACGUAAACCACCACAAGACCUAAAAAAUCCUUUAAAGGCUUUAGAAGAAAGAAAAAAUGUAAAAUCCAACUAUGAAGAAAUUCGGACACACACAGAGUUGGUUGCAGCAGAUCAAGUGUCUACUAAAAAUACUACACCUUUUCAACCAUUAUUACGUACAGUGGAUCCAUCUGACAGAAUCGGACUAGAUUUUGCUGCAAAAAACACAAUUCUCGCUGAUUCAGCUAAGGCUGGUCUAACAAGCUCUGAAGAUAUAAACGAGGCUAAAAGUAAUUUACGUUCAGUUCAAGAAGGACAAUCUCUUCGUACCUCUUCAGUCCAGAGACAAAUUCUACCCUAUAAAUCAAUCAUGUUUUUACAUAUAAAAGGUCGGCGGCAUGUUCAAGUUCGCUUGGUUUCUCCAUCAGCCAAAUCUAUGAAUUCUGGAGACUGUUUUAUUCUUGUGACCGCUAAUUCAGUGUUCGCUUGGUUUGGUGAAUGUGCUAACAUUGUUGAAGUGAACAAAACUCGUGAAUUAGCAUCAUGGAUUCAUGAUAAGCAUGAAUUGUCAUACCAUGGAAGUUUAAGUGGAGUAGGACAAAAUUCUGGUGAUGGCUAUAUUGCAGUACAUGAAAAUACUGAUUAUUGCAAUGCUACUGGUUGUUUGGAUAAUGAUCAGAAUAAUACAAGUGAUGAUUCUAAUCAGUCCGAUGGCUCAGCUUUGAAAUUCUGGAAAGCUCUGGGGUAUAAUUCACCACAAAUUGUUCAUCCUGCAGGACCACCUGAAGAAGACGAACGCUUUGAACUAAUGAUUCAGCAUACUAAUCGUGUUUAUCGAGUUACUUUGGAUGGCUUAAUACCAUGUGAACAAUGUUGGGGUAAUCCGGUGAAAUAUCAUAUCUUACAAUCGAAUCAGGCAUUCGUUUUUGACUUUGGAUCUGAAAUAUAUUUAUGGACUGGUAAACAAAUUACUUCUGAACUUCGUCAAGCUGGUAUUGAAUUAGUCCAGAAAGCAUACAACAUAAAUUAUGAUUUUGGCCAGUGUAAAUUGAAUCCUUUGGAUCCAUUAGGCUCACACAGUGAUAUAUUAGCUUCUGGAUGCAAACGACCGGAAUGGACUCUACUAGGCAAAGUAACUGAAAAAGGCGAAACAGUGCUGUUCAAAGAGAAAUUCUUUGAUUGGCCUGAUACUUCAAGAAUUCAAAUAAAAUCACUGAAACCUGGAAAAUCAGCCUCCCUAGAGGUUUCUCCUGCUGUAGCCUCAUUAACUAUGGAACCGUAUUCAGCUAAUGAACUGUAUGAAGCUGCAGUGAAUAAUCCAUCACCACCGCCUAAUUUAUUGACACUUGAAGGACGAUUUAUUGGUCGUGGUGGUAAAGUAUGCCGUUAUGAAGAUGGUAUAAUAAGACAAUUUUGGGUUGAAACAAACGAACUUCGUGUAUGGCAUAUAUCAGAAUUCUCUAGAUAUGAAUUACCUUUAAUAAAUCAUGGACAAUUUCAUCGAGAAGAUACUUAUGUGAUCCGAUGGUCAUAUAAAAUUUCAUUUAACAGUUUAAAAAAUAGCAAUAAACGUGCAAAUGAAACUGUACCGGAACAUUGUGCUUACUUCUUUUGGCAAGGAUCACAAAGUAAAAUAACGGAAAAAGGUGCAGCUGCUUUAAUGACUAUUGAAUUAGAUGAAGAAAAGGGUCCACAGAUAAGGGUGGUCGAAGGGAGAGAACCACCAGUAUUUUGUUAUCUUUUUAACGGGCGAAUGAUUACGCAUGCUGGGAAAAGAACUACACCAAAAGAAUUUGCUACACGUAUGUUCAUUGUCCGUGGAGAAGUUGCAGAAGAAGGCCAUCUCAUCGAAGUUCCAGUUCAGUUAAAUUCAUUACGUCCACAAGGUGUCCUUUUACUAUUGCAAUACACCAAAUCUUUAACUACAGAUUCUGUUGAAAUUAUUAAAGCGUUUUGUUGGAUUGGUCAGUUAGUGCCAGAGAAUUAUUUAACAACAGCAAAAUAUAUUUUCAAACAAUUAAAAGAAUCUUGUCCACCAGAACUUGGCAAACAAUUAAAUGUGAUUUAUGAAAUUCAUCAACAAGAUACAAACGAACUUGCUGAAGAAUUUUUAAACAUUCUCAAAUCUGAGGAUCAAAUGUCAAGUGCCUUGUACUUAGAUGCAGUUAAAUCUCACAGUCGAAUGGCUAUUUGGCAGUUUACACAUCAUAAAGGACGUAAACUAGGCGUGGAACGAUUAAAUUAUACACUUCAGCCAGACCCGGAAAGCUUGCCAUUGAAAGAAAAGCCGAUCAAAGCUAAGAUAACUGAUGUAUCACCAUCCACUUUAUUUACUGAACAAAUCACUGGACGACUUUCGGCAUCGCAAAAUUUAAUUACUACCCAUUUAUCACAAUCUCCUAUCGAACCAGCUUUCCCAUUUCUACUUGGAGAUUUAUACUCUGUGCCACAACCAUCCUUAUUUCUGAUUGUAACUCAAACACCAACCGUUUACAUUUGGGAAGGAUGGUGGCCAAUAUCUGAUUUAACAAGAUCUCGAUUAAUGUCACAAAAGUUGUCGAGGUCCUUUUCGUCUUAUAGCAAGUCACCUUCUACUCCAGGAGAACAAACAGACGAUUAUAGAUGGAGUAUAUCACUGGAUGAAUGUUUUGAAUUCAGUUCGCCGACUUCAGCCGAUGGAUCCUUUGAGCUUGAAGAAAAUGGACAACUUGCUUUGACGGGAACAGGUCGCGCUCGCUUCUGUGCUGUACGUAAAGCUGCGAUGCAUACCGCCAAAGCUCUAGCAGAUAAAUUAGGUACAAAAGCAUAUUUAAUCUAUGCUGGCUUAGAACCCCCGGAAUUUUUAGCUUUAUUCCCACCUUAUGUUAGAUUGAUGGAUGCGGUAGCUUAUCAUCAAUUUGAAAAUGAUAAAACUAACCGUCAAAAAGAUUUAGUUGACGAUCUAUUAUCAUCAUACACAUCGGCAUCAUAUACACUGAAUGAUCUUCAACAACGUCCUCUUCCACCUGAACUGGAUGCAACGUGUUUAGAAACGUAUUUGGAUGAACAAACGUUCCAAGCAACAUUUUCAAUGUCUAAGGAAGAUUUCAGCAAACUACCAAUUUGGAAGCAAACUGAAAUGAAAAAGUAUUUCGGUUUAUUCUAA